AUGACGGAUCCAUCGCAAAGCAUGGAGCUGAAUACCCCUCUCAACCUCACGCCCGAGGAGAAGCGCGUGUUCGGCGAGCUCUUCCGCCAGGCCGACACCGAGCAGAUGGGUGUUGUUACCGGCGAGGUUGCUGUCAAGUUCUUCGAGAGGACGAAGCUGCCGCCGCAAAUCCUGGGAGAGAUAUGGCAAAUUGCCGACACAGAAAACCGGGGCCUUCUGACCUCGUCUGGCUUCUGCCAAGUGCUCCGUCUCAUCGGCCACUUCCAGGCGGGCAAAGCGCCUACUCCUGAGCUGGCUUUUCAACCCGGCCCGUUACCCAAGUUCGACAGCUCGCCGCCUUCAGGACCCGCUGCCCCCGGUCCCAUCCAGCCCCAGAUGAGCGGUCCCAUCCGCGUGCCGCCGUUGGCACCCGAGCGCGCCGCACAGUAUGCUGCACUCUUUGAAAAGUCAGGGGCAGUGAAUGGAGUUCUCCCAGGGGAAACGGCCAAGAACAUCUUCGAGAAGGCGAGACUACCAAAUGAGACCCUUGGCCGUGUCUGGGCGCUCGCGGAUACGGAACAGCGGGGUGCUCUGGGAGUCACAGAGUUCAUCAUCGCCAUGCACUUAAUACAGUCCCUGAGCAGCGGUGCCAUGAAGGGUCUGCCUUCCUCCCUCCCUGCAGGCCUUUAUGAGGCAGCAUCUAGGCGCGGUCCUACAAUUCGCGCUCCUGGUGCUCCCCAAGGUCCCAUCCCCCGUCAGUUCAGCGGCCAGAACACCGGUCGUACACAGAGCCCUAUGAGCGGAAGGCCGCAAUUUGCAACUCCCCCGCAGUCUGCCCAGCCUACUGGGAACGACUGGCUAAUCACGCCCCAGGAGAAGUCAUCUUAUGAUAACCUGUUCAGCAAGGUUGAUACUCAGGGCCGUGGCUUCAUUACUGGCGAGCAGGCCGUUGUCUUCUUUAGCGAUUCUGGGCUGCCGGAGGAGGUUUUGGCAGCAAUCUGGGACCUGGCCGACAUAAACUCUGAAGGCCAGCUCAACCGGGAUGAAUUCGCAGUUGCCAUGUACCUAAUCCGCCAACAGCGGCCCAAGCCUGGUGUCCAAUUUCUGCCACCCUCUCUGCCGCCUGCUCUGGUGCCCCCUUCUUUGCGCAGCAAUGCCAGGCCUCCGACCCAAGCUCCACCUCCUGCCACUUUCGGCACCGCCGCUCCAUUCCCUGCUCCUGCUGCUCCUGCCGUCCCUCCUCCCAAAUCUGCUUCAGAGGAUCUGUUCGGCCUCGACGCAUUUACUGCUUCUCCACCCGUGCAGCCGCAGUCUACUGGUGGCUCUGCUGCAAACUUCGGCGUAAACAAGGAUCCGUUUGGCAACGGGGCAGCUUCUCCUGUAUCUCCCUCGCGCGGUACUUUCCAGCCAACUCCGCAGAACCCGGCGAGCAUCUUCAAGCCGUUCAUGCCGUCAUCUUCCUUUGGUCAGACCUUGACCGCUCAGGGAACUGGUGGCUCUGGCUCGCAGCCUCGCAGUCCAGCGCCUCCACAACCCUCCGCGAUGGAUGACCUCCUUGGCGACAACGAUCAGGAGCAGAGUAAGAAGCUUACAGAUGAGAGUGCUGAGCUUGGAAACAUGUCGAACCAAAUCAAUACUCUGCGAACGCAGAUGCAAGAGACGCACAACAGAAAGGCCUCGACCGAAGCGGAGCUCAACACCACGAGCGCCCAAAAGCGUGAUUUGGAGACGCGUCUCUCUCAAUUCAGGUCUCAGUACGAGGCCGAAGUCCAGAUUGUAAAGCAGCUUGAGGAGAGAUUGAACGCUUCUCGCCAAGAGACAAGGAAGCUUCAGCAAGAGAUGGCCAUGAUCGAAGGGUCCUACCAGGAUCUCUCAAGCCAGCACCAACAAGUUGCCAGUGCUCUCGAUGCUGAUCAGCGCGAGAAUGCCAACUUGAAGGAGCGCAUCCGUCAGACCAACGUCGAAAUCGGGCAGCUCCGGCCGCAGCUUGACAAGAUGCGUUCAGAGGCGCGUCAGCAAAAGGGCAUGGUUGCUAUCAACAAGAAGCAGCUUGCUACAAACGAGGGCGAGCGCGAUAAGCUCAGGAACGAAAUGAGUGAGCUGACGAAGGCUGCUCAGGAAAGCUACAACCGCAGCCCGGAAGCAACUCCCGGGCCCCCUACCGCCGGCAGCCCGGCACCCUCGAAUGCCAGCCAUAGCACUAACCCCUUCUUCAGAAGGUCGCCUCAGCCCACUGAGAACACCAUGUCUCCUUCUGGCUUCUCCCGAGAGGCUAGCCAGGCCAGCUUUGACAACUUCUUCGGCCCGUCAAUCUCCUCUGGUCAGACCAGCGCGCCAACGACCGUCCCUGCCUUUUCUGCACCGUCUGGACAGUCCGUCCAGUCCUCUGAGCCAGGCGUUCCUACGCCAUCCACGUCGCCCCCCCUCUCGCAGUACCACGAGUCGCCGCGUGUUGGUGAACCUCCCGCACCACCGGAGUCUCGCCAAUUCUCCUCCAGCAUCCUGCCCAUUCGUGAAGGGGCGGCGCGCCAGGGCUCCUUCAGCUCCUCGAUCAAGGCUGCUCCGCCGGCUAGCAGGUUCGGCACUGGUGGAAACGAGACUCCAACGAACGCCCCUGGCUCCCCAUCUGCAUCUACUGAGCCCGCCAAAGAUACCUCUGCACCUGAAUUUGGCCCUUCGCCCUUCAACCGCAACUUCACUUCCUCGCCCGCCGCCAGCCAUGUCAGUGAUGCUGCGCGGUCUGCAAGCGGUGCGGAGCGCAAGGAUACUUUCCAAUCCUUUGGUCCUCCGUCAACUUCUGCCGAUAUGCCCGGUUCCUUUCCUGAAGUGAGCACACCUCUGCAGCCUGAAGCUACCGGCCAAAGCGCCAUGAGCGACCGCAGCAAGGGCAGCUUCAGCUUCCCGAGGUCUGACCCCUUCGGCUCUCAACCCCAGCGCCAGGGAUCUACGGCCAAGGCCGACUUUGAUGCGGCCUUUGCUGGCUUCGGUUCAGGCAAGCAGUUCCAAGAGAGACAAAACACCGGGUCAUCUCUGAACGGAUCCGUUGGAUCGGCAUCCAAAUUCAACCAAGAGUUCCCUCCGAUUGAGAAUCUGGGUGGUGACGAUGAUAGCGAGAGUAACAGCGAACAUGGUUUCGAUGACAACUUUGCCCCUUCUUCCCCUCAGGCUAAGCGGGAUGAAACAGCUCCAGCGCCAGCCACAAGCGGCCCCGAAGGUACGGGAGACUCAGGUAAUCCUUUCUCCCGCGACACCAGCAACCUUCCCACUCCCAACGCCCAGAAACCACCCCCUACCUAUGAGCAGACCGCAGGCAGCCGUAAUGGCGCCAGAGGAUCUGACUCCUUCCCGCCCGAGUUUGGCGGACUGCUGCCUUCUCGUCAGGAUCCCACGGCCCAGUCUGGAUCGCAAUCCCCAGAGAAGACCUUCAGUUCGCCCGUGCUCACCCCUGGUCAAACCCUCUUUGGAGGUUCCAGCGCUGCUGGAAAGGCUCCAGCCACCGGCCCCUUUUCUCCUGGAUCGACCUCGAAUGCUAACACACCAUCGUCAACAGUGCCUUCAGAUGCUUACCACUCCGCGCAAUCUUACCCCUCCACGGACAAGGCCGCCUCGCCCGCGAACCAGGCUCCCGGCAAGCAGUCCUUCGGCGAUGAUUUCGAUGCCGGAUUCGACGACCUUGCCGAGGCCAAGGAUGACACCAAUGCCCACGACGACGAUGACCUGUUUGGCUCGAGCCACCAUGAGGGUCUGGAUGAGUUCAACCCGGUCUUCGAUAGCCCGGCUGCCAGCAAGAGCAACACAAUGGCCAGCCAGGCUACCCCGACUAACAAUGCAAGCAAGAACCAUGGUGAGGACUCGUUCUCGGACUUUGAACAUCUCACCCAGAGCUUCGCCUCUUCAAAGCCGGCAACGGCAAGCGGUGGCGCCUCCAGUCACGAUUGGGAUGCCAUCUUCUCCGGUUUGUCUGAUAGCCAGCCAGCACCCUCGACCGGUGGCAACACUGCGCCGCAGACUGCAGAUAACAGCCAGAUGCUGGGCGCUCCCGAGCAGGCGGCAACCGGGGAUGAUGGGGAGAAGCCACAUCUCGCCAGGGCACUGAGCGCCGGUACCGAACAUGACGACCCGAUUCUGAAGAACCUGACUGGUAUGGGCUACCAGAGGGCCGAUGCUUUAGCCGCGCUAGAGAAGUUCGAUUAUGACAUUAACAAGGCUGUCGAGUUCCUCUCGGGCAAGUAA